AUGUCCCGCCUUUGGGCGACGGGCGAAGUUCUGUUUCUUUUCGUUGCUGUUUUGCAGGUCAUCGUGAUGUUGCGACAGUACGCCUUCACGGCGGUUGUGCUGGGGGCUUCGACUGCGACGGGCACGUACUGGUCGGGCUGGCAUGGCCGAGGUAACCCGUGGCAGUGGCCGGGCCCGUAUCCCAGUGCUGGAGGGUGGUGGUUGGAGCAGUCGCAGGAGGUACUGUCUACUCUGUACAGCACGUAUUGGAAUGGGACGUACUGGGUGGAAGACCCAAGCAUACUACAAUGGGCCGCGGCCGUGGUCAACACGUUUGUGAUAGACACUCAGAGGACUUUCACUACGGCCAUCUCGCAGUACAAUGGAAACAGUCAUGGCUCCCAGGUGAAUGCGGCACAAAUCCAAGCGAAUAUCAGAAAAUACUACUCCGACAUCGAGACCUUCUACACCAGUGGCGAGGACGUAAAUCAAAUCUUCGACGCAGCAUAUGACGACGCUCAAUGGGUCGUCCUCGAAUGGCUGGAAGCGAUUAAAUUCGUGAAUCAGUACGAUGCCUAUUCAAAGUUAUCUUUUGGGCAAGAGGAUGUCGCCGAAUUUGCCCACAGAGCCCACAUCUUCUAUAACAUCGUUCAAAAUCAAUUCAACACAUCUCUCUGUGAGGGCGGAUUAACCUGGAAUCCUGCAUUGGCGCCUUACAAGAAUGCCAUCACGAACGAGCUGUUCGUCUCGAGUUCAAUAGGAAUGUACCUCUACUUCCCAGGCGACAACAAUUCCGAUCCCUACCCAUCAACGACAUACAGCAACAGGACUCUCCCACCACUUCCCUACCUCAAACCUCACGACCCUUUGCUGCUAACCAACGCCAAAGAAGAAUGGGCCUGGUUCAAAUCCCACAACUUCACCAACGCCCAAGGCCUCGUCGUCGACGGCUUCCACAUCUCCGACGGCCAAACGACUUGCGACGAGCGAAACGAAAUGGUCUAUACCUACAACCAAGGUGUCAUGCUGUCUGGUCUGAGAGAACUCUGGGAAGCCACAGGCGACACAUCCUACCUGCAAGACGGCUACGGCUUCAUCAACACCGUCAUCAACUCCACGGGCUGGAACGCCAACGGAUACGGCCAAGCAGGGCAGUGGGCUGGCCUAGGACGCAACGGCAUCAUGGAAGACUACUGCGACGCACCAGCCAACUGUUCCCAAGAUAAUCUCAUUUUCAAAGGCGCAUACUUUGAGCACCUUGAUCUCUUCUGCGAGCCCUUGCCCACGGAGACACCUCUUGUGAAGGGCCUGACAUACCUUGCAGACCAAGGCCUGGCAAACAGUCAUGCCCAGAAGUGUCGAAGUUAUGCUGGUUGGAUUCAACAUAAUGCCUACGCAGCACUGAGCACGAGAAACGCAACCAGCGACAUUAUCGGCGAGUGGUGGGGCGCAUCAUACGUGAGUCCACAAUCCCUCCCCCUUACACCUCAGAAUCCGCGAGACUAA